CUACAGCUGAUACUGAUACUCUUUGUCUGUACUUCAAAUAAACCUUGCAAUCAAGCUGUAAAGGUUAUCUUAGUGAUAGCUUCUCAAAUAUUGUUUCUUCAUACUGCAGUAGUUGUUAGCCGAGACUAAUUUCCAGUUGUUUUUUGAACGAAAGGAAAAUGCGUAAGCUCGUGUUGGUACUGUGGAUAAUAAACGGCAUAUGGGCACAAUGCGUUGUUAACGAAGACAACGAGAUGGAAUGUUCAAAGGCAAUCGACACCAUACAAGUUCCCUCUGGAGACUUAAGGGCAGUGACUGUGGUAACCAUCACAAAUAGUAAGUUUAAAUCUUUAAACAAAGAAGUUCUCAAACCGUUAACGUCGAUGGAAUACGUUUACUUUAUCGGAAACAACAUAGGAGAUAUAGAGCCAGAUACAUUUUCGGAAUUUACACAGAUAAAGGAACUACUAUUUACUCAAAACACGAUUAGUCGAAUAGAUUUUGGUGGUGAAUUAAAAACUGUAGAUCUGUUCAUCUUUGAAGACAACAUUAUUACCAACAAGGCAACUCUGGUUGGCAAGAAACUACGAAAUGUAAAGCGGUUACAUUUGGGCAACAACGAUAUGAAAAAGUUAGAUUGGAUGCAAGGAGAUUUCGCCAGGCUGAUCGUUUUGAACGUCCCUAAUAAUCGUUUACGAACCUUGCCCUCCGAUUUCAGUUCCCGCGUAAAACUACUGCAGUAUUUGGAUUUGCAAGACAAUCUCUUCACAUCAAUAGACAAUACCAUGUUUAAAGGACUUUAUAAUUUGAUUGAUUUACGACUGGCCAAUAACAAUAUAUCUCACAUCGCAGAUUUCGCAUUUGCCGAUUUAUCCAAUUUAAUUUCUUUAACUUUGCGCAAUAACAGCAUCACAUCCAUAACCAAAGACACCUUCAAAGGACUGCACAGUUUGGAGAGCCUAAGCCUAACUGAAAAUAGACUCGACGAUAUCUCGAAAGAUGCUUUCCAGAACGUGCCCGCCAUUAAGGAGCUUCACCUCCACGAAAACACGAUUACAUCAUUAGAGGUGGGAACAUUUAGAAAUCUUAACAAAUUAGUCGGUCUUGAUAUUAGCAACAACUACAACACCGAAUGGAAACCGGGCAUGUUUAAAAAUUUACAGAACAUAAUCCGGAUCAAAUUAAGAAGAAACGACGUAGAGGAAAUAAAAACCGGAACCUUCGUCAAUUUGCCAGCUUUAGAACUAAUUGACAUCGCCUACAAUCAAAUAAAAACAAUACAAGACGACGCAUUUGACACAAUUACUUAUUUAAAGGAGCUAAAUUUAAUGCAUAAUGAGAUCAGCGUAUGGAACCCGAAGGCAUUUAAAAAUGUAGAAAAGAUCGGCAAAAUCAAUUUAGAAGGAAAUCAGGUAAAAAUACUACAAUCACAAGCAUUUCAUAAUCUAAAUAUAAAAUCUAUCGAUUUCAAAGAUAAUUUAAUCACGAGAAUUGAGGUUGAUGGUUUUGAAGGAUUAGACUCCUUGGAAUAUUUGGGAUUAUCGGGAAACAAUAUAGAAGAACUUUCACAGGAUACAUUUCGCCAUUUAAUACAUUUAAAGUGUAUUGACUUUAUAAACAAUAAAGUGCAAAGAACCGACCUGUUAGAACAACUACCGAAAGUGCAAUUUGUUUUCACUGAAAGUAAUGAAAAAACGUGUCUCAGCGAAGCCAGUCCAUAAAACAAGUAACUAAGUCAAUUGACCCGCCUAUCAGUACAAAACUUGUAAUGUAAAAAUAAAAUUGACGAUGUGGA